CGAGGCAGCGACACGGUACUGCGAGGAGACGGCUGCUGCUGAGCAUCUCUCUCCGGCAGACAUGGCCGAGCAGACAGACAUCCUUCCCGCCGGGAAACCGAGCGCCGGGGACAAGCUGAUCCUCUAUCACUGGACGCACUCAUUCACCUCCCAGAAGGUACGACUAGUUAUAGCAGAAAAAUCACUGAAGUGUGAGGAACAUGAUGUGAGUCUUCCCUUGAGUGAACAUAAUGAGCCAUGGUUUAUGCGCUUGAACCCUUCCGGAGAAGUUCCAGUGCUAGUUCACGGAGAAACUAUCAUUUGUGAAGCUACGCAAAUAAUAGACUAUCUGGAGCACACGUUCAGAGAUGAAAACACUCUCAAGCUAAUGCCACAAGAGGGUAGCAUGUAUUAUCCCAGAGUGCAACACUACAGAGAGUUACUCGACUCGCUACCCAUGGAUGCCUAUACGCAUGGCUGCAUUCUACAUCCGGAACUAACCGUGGACUCCAUGAUACCAGCGUACGCAACCUCAAGAAUUCGCACUCAGAUCGGUAAUACUGAGUCUGAGCUCAAGAAGCUUGCCCAAGAAAACCCAGAUCUAGAAGACGCCUACAUAGCCAAACAAAAGCGACUAAAGACUAAAUUGAUGGACCAUGAUAACAUAAAAUACUUGAAAAAAAUACUCGACGAGCUAGAAAAGGUCUUGGAUCAGGUUGAGACUGAACUGCAGAGACGAAUUGAGGAAACACCGGAUGAAGGCAAGGAGUCAUGGCUUUGUGGACAGUUUUUUAGUCUGGCAGAUGUUUCUUUAGCUGUAACCUUACAUCGACUGAAGUUUCUUGGUUUUGCAAGAAGAAACUGGGGUAACGGGAAGCGCCCUAAUUUGGAGAUGUAUUAUGAGCGUAUCCUUCAAAGAAAGACUUUUAGCAGUUUACUAGGAAAUGUUAACAAUAUCCUAAUUUCUGCUGUGUUACCAACUGCGUUCCGCGUGGCCAAGAAGCGCGCACCUUCUUUCCUGGGAUCCACUCUGGUAGUGGGAGUGCUUGCAGGGGCUGGUUAUGUUUUAUUCAUGUGUGUUAGAAAAAGACUGUUCAAUAUGUUCUUAUCAAUUAAGGCAAAGCAUUUUUUUUAGUCUCUUCCAAUUAUCUGUGGUGUAAAGUUACAUCAUAUCUAGGCUCCUCUCUUUAGAUAGAAUGCGGAUUGCUUAAAAAUGUGUCCCAGACUUGAAGUGAAAUACUUAUCAUUGUGCUCUUACAAUAAAUAUGAGACAUUCCAGAAA